GGCAGCACCCUUGGGAGGACCCCAGAGCCCCGGAUCUGCAUGCCCGAGCGAAGGCCUUUUGGCUCGACACCGGGUCUCGGGCUCCACGUCGCAAGCAGCCACCCAGGCAGACCGAGAAGCCCUGAGAGCGGCUCCCGCCAGACCCGCAGCGGCGCCGGGGUCGGUGACGUGAACGGAGCGGGCGGCACUUCCUGGCACAGGCAGGCGGAGCCGGCUAGUGGCACCGCGCAUGCGCAUGUGCUUGUCCCCGGCGCGCUACAGAUCGCGGCCCCACGGCCUGGAAGCGUAGGUGCCAAGAGAUCUGUCAGUUCUGUGGUUCCCUCAGGUCCCAGGGAGCACGAGGGCAGGGUUUCGUUGGGGGUGAUGACGAAAGUGUCGAGGAAGAGCCAGAACGAGAAGUACCGGCUGAAGUACAGCCGGCUACGCCGGGCAGCCAAGGCCAUGGUGUUCGAAAAUGCAGCACUGUGUGAUGAGAUUGCCCGGCUGGAAGAGAAGUUCCUGCGUGUGAAGGAAGAGCGGCAUUUCCUCCUUACCAAGCUGCUCCAGCUCCAGGCCCUCACAGCGGAGGAGGAGGGCCUUAGUUCUACCAACACGACUACGACACCAACAGGGGGUGGCCCACCAGGGUACAGCACGGCACCCACACCUGGCCCGGAUGAGACACCAGCCACAGGGAAGCGCCCCAAGAAGGGUAAAGAGAAUGGGCGGGCAGAGGCGCUACGCCGUGCCUCCAAGCGGCGGGGAGCAGCACCUGAUAGGGGGGUCCGGCGGCUGGUCCAGCCUGUGCCACUGGACCCUUCAGGGCGGCCAGUGUUCCCUAUCACUCUGGGUGGGCUGACAAUCUACAGCCUAGGGGAGAUUGUGUCUGACCGGCCAGGCUUCCAUGACGAGGGAGCCAUCUACCCAGUGGGGUUCUGCAGUACCCGGGUGUAUGCCAGCAUGCGGCGCCCUGACCAGCGCUGCCUCUACACUUGCCAGAUCAAGGAUGGUGGGUCUGGCCCCCGCUUUGAGAUUGUGCCUGAGGAUGAGCCUGGUAGUGCCCUGGCAGGCCCCACAGCUGAUGCCUGCCAUGCCCAGCUGUUGGCAGCCAUUGGGGCUGCCCGGGGUCGGCCCUACCCCGAGCUAGAAUCAGCUGGGGCCGACUUCUUCGGGUUUUCACACCCGGCUGUACAUAACCUUAUCCAGAGCUGCCCCGGGGCCCGCAAGUGCAGCACCUACCACUGGGUGCGGUUCGAGGUCUGUCGUCCUGGCGAUGGGCAAAUGCCCCAGGGCCUGCCGGAUGACUCAGCUGCCACCAACUUCCAAGCCUUCCUCCGUCGUGCCCAGGAGGAGGAGGAGCAGCAGCAGAGGGACCAUGGAGGUGUCACUACUGUGGUGACCACUACUGCUGCAGCUGGGGGAGCACUGGGCCUACCUACAACCCGGCUUAGCCAGGCCUUUGCCUCACCCCGGCCCUAUGGGGACUUGUUCCUGAGCCACCAAUCCGCCCACUGCAGCCCUAAUAGCUCCGAUGAGUGAGACCCCUUCCCUCUAUCCUCUGGUGCCCUUUGCCCCUCCACUUUCUCCUGUUUCCUAGGCCCCUGUUGGGGACUUAUUUCUAUACUUCUCAGUAUGUGCACCACCCAUGUCUACUCCAGUCUGCACCCCUCCCAGUCAACUCCCUUUUUCUACCAACUGAGCCCAUACAACCCCCUGUAUUAGCAGAGCUCAAAAAAUCCAUGGAUCCCUCUUCCCCUCCGAAGAUCAAUAGGGGAGUGGCCAACUCGGUCCAGUAGGGAGAAAUCCAUGGACAUGCCUCCUAUGCACCUUGAGUAUCUCUAGACAUAACAGGUGGUACUCCCAAAAUGCAGUGAGGUAUUCAUAGCCAGUGUGAGGUGUUGAGAGGAAAAGGGUCUGUUCCUAACUGCUCUGGAAUAAAGAAGAUGGUGGAAAGCA